CCCUAAUCAAAGCGUUGGUGAUCCAUGUCGGGAGUGCGGUCGCUCGAAGGUCUGUUGGCAGCCCCGCAAGAUGUAAACGAUGACGAUAUCAUCCAUGUCUUGACCGAAUGUGCGAGGCAAUCCUCAAACGUAUCCUUCCGAGAACAAGUCGAAACCUCCACCAUCGACGACAGCUCGUUCCUUCCGUUCCUGACCUCUCGCUGGCUUGCACUUCAACACCUCGAUGGAUCCAGUCCUUCGACCAUCGACCAAGGUGUCGCGGCCAUCGACGACGACGACGACGACGGUCUCUCGUACUCUUACACCACCACAACGUCAGACUCUGCCGCCACCGACAUACCCUCGCGCUCUGCAUUCCUCGACGAUUCCGAUGCAGCAUCAACGCAUGUGAACGUCCUGCUCGCCAUGUACCGCGUUCUGCGCAACAUCUGCGCGUCUUCUCCCAUCAACCAGACCAAGUUGAAGGCGGUCUUGCCGUUCACCACGAACGUGCUCACAGGAAUGAUCGGGUAUCUGGACUGUUCGCACGACGAGGAAUUGCAUGCUGUGAUCGUGACCUGCAUGCAAGUGAUGCUGCAAUUCGUUGCGAAUAUGACUGUCCAUCACACAGCCAACCAGGACAUUCUAUGGCCAGCAUUUCACCCCCAUUUACUGGAGAAAGUGCUCGUCGAGUGCCAAAAGUACCGCAAAGUACUCGCGUACGCCGCCGCGGUCGUGCUAAAUUGUUUGCAUCCGCCGCAUGCUAUUCGAACCACAGACUUGGUGAAGUCGCGCCAAAUCGUGAUUCUGUUGCUCCAACGAUGCUUAUCCUUCCAAAGCCAAGACGAAAGUGACCCAGCGUUGGAAUGGAUCACCAUGAUCUUUCAAGUCCUUGUUAAGCGCCAUUACACUGCCGAUUUGUAUCGAAACCUGAGCGCGUCCCUGCUUAGCACCCUCUGGUCGAAAUUAACACCCGAGCAAAUGCUAUUGCUACGCAUGGUGGACCUCGUGGUGGCACCCGAUGAUAGCAGCAGUCCCGUCGAUGGUGUCGAGUCUAGCAGGUCCAACGACGACUUGAUUGCGUUUUUGUGCGCCGAAUACACGGGCCUGCAUGUCCCGAACGAGGCCCCGUCAAACAAAAACGACGUUAACGCAGCAGUAUCCGCCGACCGCCAAGCCAUGUGGAAUGUGAUGGAAACCGAAUCGUCCAAGUUGAUGCUGCGCAUCCUCGGCACGUUGACGUCUUCUGCAUGUGUUGAAGAACAUUCCGAGAACGUUCUGACGUUUAUCCCAGUAUUAAUCGCCCAACUCCAACGUUUAUCCCCGACUCAUGCGCGGGAAACCAAUGCCGCCGCCGCCUUGUCAGGAGAUGACGUUGUUCAAGAUGAGACCUUUGGGUACAGAUCAGCUGGAGUUCGAGUGCUGGGUAAUAUGGCCCAUCGUAACCCUUCUGUGCAAGAUGCAUUGCGGGCAUGUGGCGGUCUAGAAGUGCUACUCAACAGUUGUAACAUCGACCCGAACAACCCCAUGAUUCGCGAAUGGGCGCUCGUGGCGCUGCGUCAUGUGUGCGAAGGAAACGAGCAAAAUCAAGCGUAUAUUCGAGCGUUGGCGCCCCAGCAAGUAGUGUCCCGCGUGGAUCUAUCGAAAAUGGGGGUGGAACCAGUGUUGGAGCACAACAAAGUAACGCUAAAGCCGUUGUAAAUACAACUGUCGUGGUCCUGUCUAGUCUAAAAGUCGCCCAGGAAGGAAGCAUAGUGUAACUAUUCAUGGCCGACAAACCCAUAUACGUGGCGAAUAGCAGGUGCAAGACCAACAUGUGCAGCAGGCUCUUCCAGGGUAGCACAUAGUAUCGCAACUCACUGGAUCGAUUCACAACGUCCAAUACGUG